UGGAGUCGGAGGCGCCCUUUUUCCUGUCGGUCGUGUGGGUCGUGAGUCUGUGCUAAUGAUCUGUACUUGGAUCACGUUCUGUGCCAGAAGACGGAAAGAAGCUUUGCUUCACUUUCUUGACAAAGGGGAAGAAAAGUCAAUCAAAUACUGUUGCUGAAAGUGAAGGAUAAUACAAAAUGGCAGAAGCGGUUUUUCAUCCCCCCAAAAGGAAGAGAAGAGUGUACGAAUCAUACGAUUCCCCUUUCCCCAUUUCUUCCUCUGAGGAAGGAAUUCAUGGGAGAGUUUACAAAAUAUGUCAAGCUGAAAUUAUAAAUAAUAAUGUAAUCGUGAAGAAUCCUGAAGAUAUAGAACAGCUGUAUAGCAAGGGAUUUUUUGGGAAAGGUAUUCUUUCAAGAAGUCGCCCAGAAUACAAUAUAUCAGAUCCUGUGCUGUUUGCUAAAUGGCAAGAUUUCAUAUUAAACAUGCCUAUAGUCUCAUCAAAAAAGUACCAAUGUCAUGUUGAAUGGGCGAAAAACCUUAUGCAGGAGCAAGGACUGGAUGACUCCACAAUUAACAAAGCCAUUCUAAAUUACACUGAGCCACUUAAUCUGAGUGGAGAUGGCGAACAAAACAGUGAGUUUCAGGAUGGAGACCCUUCAGAAAUGGAGAUUGUAGAAGAGGAACCAAAGCUUUUAGUGACUUCUGCUGAAACAAAUGGGGAUAAAGCAGCCUGCAUGGAAGGUGAUCCACUCUCUGACCCGCUAGCCAACUGUGGCUCAAAAGAAUCAGAUAUAACAGACUCUAAAGCUGCAGCUAAAACGCAUUUUGCAAAACAGUGUCCAUUCAGUGUGCGUUACAGCUGCAAGGAAGACCGUUGUGUUACACCAGAAUCUCACCUUUUGAUUAAUAGAGAUUAUAAUCAUGAGUAUGUAUUAAUCCAAGAAGAAGAAUCAGAUUUGUUUCUUGAAACAGCAGCAGCAAAUGACAAAUCAGAUGUAAGGUCACAACUAAUAAAAAAAGAAAAGUUAGUAUGCAGAAGAAACCCGUUUAGGAUUUUUGAAUAUUUGCAGCUCAGUCUAGAGGAGGCUUUUUUCUUGGUCUAUGCUCUGGGAUGUCUAAGUAUUUAUUACAAUGAGGCACCUUUAUCUAUCUUGAAGCUAUGGGAAGUUUUUAGUGAAGCACAACCCAGUUUCAAGGCUACUUACAUGGCAUAUCACUACUUCCGUUGGAAAGGAUGGGUCCCAAAAGUUGGGCUGAAAUAUGGAACUGAUCUCUUGUUAUAUCGAAAAGGGCCUCCUUUUUACCAUGCCAGUUAUUCUGUGAUUGCUGAAUUUGUUAGUGAGGACUUUGAAGGAUCCUCACGCAGACCUUUCAGCUGGAAGUCUUUGUCUGGGUUGAACAGAACUACAGCAAAUGUCUCUAAGGAACUUAUGUUCUGCUAUUUGAUUAAGCCAUCCAAUAUGACUGAAAAAGAAAUGUCAUCACCAGAAUGUCUGAAAAGAAUUAAAGUUCAGGAACUGAUUCUAAAUCGUUGGGUCUCAUCCUGUGAGCGUAGUGAACAAGAGGAGCUAUGCUGAAAUGGAUCAGGAAAUUGAGUAAUACUGAAAUUAUUGCAAUCAACUGUAAAAUGUUUAUUUUUGUAGAGCUGUUGGUGCAUGGUGCCUUUAUAUUACCUGUACAUAAUAUAAAGCAAUAUAAUACAAAAUAA